CGAGUCGCUUCGCGCCUCGGGCGGCACCCACUAGUCGGGUCCUAGCAACCGCGCUCCGCCCCUACUGUCUUUGGGCCCCAGCAAUUGGCUGACUCUCUUGAUCUUGGAUCAAGCAUUGGUCAGUGGGGCAGCGCUCUUGGAGAGUACCCACCCUCCCGUGAAGCCGCAGUUCCCAGGCUGGAGGCAGAAAAACGAACACAACAGCGUUAAGGCGGCGCGUGCCAACCGGUCCUUGCAAACCUGUGGGUUGAGACUCGUUGCCUGGCUGGGAAGGGAUCUUCAGGUUGAUCCACACUUGUCCCGUCCCCUCACCCCAGCCCCCAGUUCUAGAAACUGAUUGGACCUUGUGAUGUCUUCCUGAAGCUGCGUGGGUGCCCUUCCCAGGAGCACAGACCCAGUGUCCUCUGGGGAACAGUGGAGAUCGUGUGUUUUUUGAGUUUCUGGCCUUCAUGGAGAUGCCAGGCACAAGAGCGCUCAACUAUAAACCCAGCACUGGGUGGUUGCAAGCCAGAUGUAUUCCUGAAACUCGAUGGCCAGCCAGCCAGUCCAGCCAAAUUGUCAAUCUCGGGGCUGACUGGCCAUGACCUCUAUAAAAGAGCAGGCAGCCAUCAGCCGGCUUCUAAGUUUUUUGCAAGAAUGGGACAACGCUGGCAAAAGCCUACGAACCCAGAUUCUCACCACCUUCAUCGAAACCAACCAAGGCAAGACUGGCCCUGAGUUGGAGCUGGAGUUUUCCCAAGGAGCCAGUUUGUUUCUCAUACGAGUGACCACCUGGCUUAGAAUCAUCUAUAUGACUGGCUUGGAUUUAGAAAUGAUCCUGAGAUCCAUUGGCAUCUUCUUAUCUGCUGUGAGCAGCAAUCGGUACCUGAUAGAAUUUCUUGAGAUUGGCGGUGUCCUAACACUCUUGGAAAUACUUGGCCUAGAGAAGAUCAAGGAAGAGGACAAAAAGGAAUCCAUCAAACUACUUCAGAUUAUUGCAAACACUGGCAGGAAGUACAAGGAGCUCAUCUGUGAGAGCUAUGGUGUGAGAGCCAUAGCAGAAUUUCUGGCAAAGUCUAAAUCAGAAGAGACCCAGGAGGAAGUGCAGGUUCUGCUGGAUACGUUGGUCCAUGGCAAUCCCAAGUACCAGAACCAAGUAUACAAAGGCCUAAUAGCCCUCCUGCCCUGCGGGUCCCCGAAAGCCCAGCAACUGGCCCUGCAGACUCUCAAGACUGCCCAGUCGAUCGUUGGAGCAACACACCCCAGCAUCGUGGACUGCGUGCUGAUGGUCCUGAGCACAGUGCACCUGGAGGUGCAGUAUGAAGCCAUCGAGCUGAUAAAAGACCUGAUCCACUACGACGUGCGCUUGCCUCUGCUCAAGGGCCUCAUAGCCAUGCUCAUCCCUCCAGUCAAGGAAACAUCCAAACUGCAGGCCAGGAUCUUCAGUGACUCUUCGAUUCUCCAGAUCACCACCCAGCUGCCUGUGUUCCUGCAGCAGGCUGCGGCUGCCAAGACUAUUGGGAUCCUGGCACGGAGCGACUUGAACUUGGCGGAGGAGAUGCUGCACCUGCGCGUGAUUCACAGCCUGAUGUCGGCCAUGGGUAACACUGACCACAGCAAUAGCCAGAGGCUGGCCAGCCUCACACUGGAGUACUUCGUGCAGAUGUUCCCGUUGGUGGAGGAACACGUCCGAAACUCCAUGGGGGAAGAACUCUACCAGCUCUUCCUCAGCGAUGCUGAGAUCUUGUAUACAAAAAUAGAUAGCAUUCAAGCGGACAUCUUGGCAGCCAACAAAGUCAAUGUUACCAGAGCGUUAGACAGCUGCGACCACAUCAACAACAGCUGCAUCAGCUUCUCCACCAGCUCUGACGCUUCGAAUCAGGUGGGAGGCAUCAGCGACUUUGAGAAGCUUCAUUCAGAAUCCAGGGAGUGACAGAGCCCCUGUGGCAAACCAGGAAGGCCAAGGUUGUGCCUCGUGGAAGCCUGCCUGUCGGGAGGGUGGCACCGAGAGGACGGUGCCGUUUGGCCCUGGGGAGGAGGCUGAGUAUUAGAAAACGCAGUGGGGAAGGGGGAAGCUAUUUCUGCAGAAGGGUCUAAUAAAAGGUCUUGAUGUUA